AUGUCGUCAAGUACACCUACGCCUCCCGACACGAAUGGCGCCAGUUCCCACAAGCGAGCCCGAAGCCCAGGCGCCGAUUCCAACGGUAGAGAAGCGACCGACAACAACAGUGUACCCAAGCCGAAGCGCCUAGCAUGUAUGAUCUGCCGGAAGCGCAAGUUGAAAUGCGACGGAGUCCGGCCGAGCUGCAGCACCUGUGCCAGGCUGGGUCAUACUUGCGCAUACGAUGAAGUUCGUAGGAAAAGCGGCCCUAAGCGGGGAUAUGUCAAGGCCCUUGAGGAACGUUUGAAACAAGUAGAGACACUUCUCAAAACCCAAGACCCCCCAACGGCAUCCGUCGACCCCUCUAGAACCAUGCCUCAGAGCCUGGAUGCCGCUGCUAUGAACCGCAACCAGAACGCUGCUGCGCCAACGACGAGCUACGGCAUGCCCAAUCCUUCUCUCGGUCUCGGUGUCGACCACGCCGCGGACCGAUGGCACUUCGAGGGCGAAUCUUCUCCCCAGACCCAGAAUAUUGCUGCCCCACCCAUGGAGGAUUUCAACUUCAACUCCAAUAUGGCAAUGGGCAUGAACAAUGCAGGAAGUAACUUCACCUGGGAAAUGAUCGGGCUAGGCCUCGAGGAGCCUCUUCCACCUCAGGAAACCAUCGAUGAGCUCCAUCAAAUUUACUUCGAAAAGAUCCACCCCUCAUUGCCUAUGAUUCAUAAAUACAGAUACCUAGCAGCAAUGAACCUGGCUCCGAACCAACGGCCUCCGGUUGCGCUCAGGUACGCUAUAUGGACCCUGGCAUGCUCCAUCACAGAGAAGUACUUCGACCUCAAAGAUCUCUUCUAUCAAAGAGCUCGAAAGUAUGUCGAGGGAGAUUACAUUAAAGGCUAUGGAGAGCAUAUGAUUUCAGUGGCCCAUGCUCAGACACAUGUGCUGCUGGCCUCCUACGAGUUCAAAAUGAUGUACUUCCCCCGAGCUUGGAUGAAUACCGGAUCUGCUGUGCGCCUCUGCCAGAUGAUGGGUUUGCACCGACUUGACGGCGCUGGUCUGGACGUCAAACAGUGUCUCCCGCCGCCACGAGACUGGACCGAGCGUGAGGAGAGGCGGCGUACCUUUUGGAUGGCUUUUUGCGAAGACCGUUACGCAAGCAUUGGUACUGGAUGGCCGAUGACUGUUGAUGAGAAGGACAUCAUGACAAACUUACCUUGUUCGGAAGAGGCGUUCGAAAUGAGCCGACCUGAGCAGACGCAGUCUCUGCAGGACUGCAUGAGCCCAUCCGGAGCGGGCAAGCUCUCUUCUUUCAGCGGCAUCGUGCUAAUGGCAUGUCUCUUCGGCCGAAACUUAAUCCAUCUACAUCGUCCCGACGUCGAUGAUAGGGACCACGACCUCAACGGCGAGUUCUGGAAACGACAUCGGAACAUGGACAACAUCCUACUCAACACGUCCCUCUGCCUGCCGUCUUACCUUAAGCUACCCGUUGGUCUUUCCAACCCCAAUAUUGUCUUUACCAACAUGAGCAUCCACACGUCGACGAUCUGUCUGCACCAAGCCGCGAUCUUUAAAGCCGACAAGAAUAGACUUCCCUCGUCAGUCAGCGCAGAAAGCAAGGUGCGGUGCAUUACGGCGGCCAACGAGAUUGCGAGCAUCAUGAGGAUGAUCUCGCAUUUGGAUCUAUCAGCAAUGAACCCAUUCAUAUCGUUCUGUCUGUACGUAGCCGCAAGAGUGUUCGUCCAGUAUCUCAAAAGCCGGCCCGAAGACAGCCAAACUGCAGACUCGCUCCGAUUUCUCCUCUCCGCCAUGAAUGCGCUCAAGAGACGAAACCCCCUCACGGAGUCUUUUCUCGUCCAGCUGGAUGUGGACCUGGAAGCUCUUGCGAUGAGGAUACCAAAACUCAAGACGGCAUUCCCACGAAGUGGUGAAAGUCCGGGUUCAAAUGCUGGCGGAACCAAGGGGCCCAUCUGUGACGACCCCGAAGGUGUACAGGGUAUCAUGUCGUACCGCAACGAGUGCCACUUUAUGAAGACUGUGGAGGACGACGGGAACCUUGCCACCGCCCCAAACAUUGUCGAGCCCGACCAAACGGGUGAUGCUGCUCCGAACCCUGUAUCGACUGGCUUCGGGGGUCAGAAUUGGUUGUCUGCGGAACACGGCGUGCCGUAUGGCGCAAACAACGCAUAUAGUAUCCCUAUGCAUGGGAACGCGUUGACGCCGAGCUCCGGCUCCAUGUACGACAAGUCGGCGUCGAGCAGUGGGCGCAUGACGGGGCUGGGACAGAGCGAAAGCAGUGGGGACAAUAAUAUGUCGGGAUCGCCUGACGGCGACAACUCGUCUAAUCGGCCGACGCCGAAUUCAAGUUCGUCAGAUCAGCGAGUGAACAUGACGGCGGGGGGUAUUGAAGGAUCCGGCCAGAACUCGUUGGAACUCAGUCCGGCAACGGCGCAACAGAACAUAAACCCGCGUGGAGAUACAGAUGGAAACGCAAACUAUUUCAACAGCACAAGUGCGUUCGAUAUUCGGACCGGGCUGACGCCGAAUCCGCGAUUUUCGAUGCCCGAUACACCGGGGGCGGACUUUGGGAUGUCGACUGGAUGGGGUGACGUACAAGGACAAGCUGGCAUGACUCCUGGGGCCGAGGGGGUAUUGCGUUCCCUAAUGAACAUGGGCCCGAUGGAUGCUAUGGACCUUUCAUCGUGGGAUGCAGCAAAUUAA